GAAAGAAAGAAGAAUUAUAUAACUAUGAAUAUUAGAAAAUUAAUAUUUUUCGGAAAAAAGAAUUAUAAAACUAUAAACCUUAGAAAUAUUUUUGGUCUUAAAAAAUAUUAUUCUAAGAAAAAGUUAAGAUGUCCAAUUGCGCAGCCAAACAGUAGGUGCCGAAAGUUUUCGCGGGAAAAUCUAAGAAAGAGAAGAAGAUGGCGUCAGUUAUCGGAUGGUACGGACCGCUCAUCGACUUGUCCAAGGCGGCGCUUCACGUCGGCGAUUACGUUCAGCUUGUCGUCUUCGUCCACAGAACGACUCCUCUUCAGAAUUUUAUUUUCUCAAAGUAUAAAUUGUCAAAAGGCGGAGAGGUAAUCCGAACGGAUAUCCAAGUGGGAGAUGAGACGAGACCGUUCUUCUCCGUAUCCUUAUGGCAGAAGCCAAUAGCAUCCAUGGCUGUAGCUGGCGACGUCGUUUUGUUACAAAAUGUGAAGAUAACAAAAUAUGGUGAUGUUGUUGAGGCCAGAACACACCACUACUCAUCCUUACAAUGUCUACUUCACCCUUACGAUUCCAUCCUUACUAAAGGUGUCAAUGACUUGAUAGAGGAGUGUAGAGUUGGGAUAGCAACAAAAGAAAAGCUUAGAAAGGUAGUAGAAUGGGUGAAGAAGAGCAACACAACUCAUGAGUUCCAUGGCUGUCAGCUGCAGGAGGGGCAACUCUCAAGAAACUGGAAGCUCCCGGAAGAGAGGAAACAGCCUAAGGACUGUUUCUCACUUUCGCAAUUAUCACGCCUACCCGAUUCUUGCAAGGCCGUCUUCUAUGCAUCCGUUGCUGAAAUUUUUCUGCCGUUUACCUUGUCAUCUCCUGCUGAAUGUGAGUUACUUGACAAGGAAGACAUGUUUGUCAGUAGGAGAUUAUAUAAAACAGGAGAUGGCGGUUUAGCAACAGAUCUCAUUUGUACAGGCUGCGAGCUUUGUGGUUCCCCUUUGGAGCUGGACAGUGAGAACAUGUUUAAGCAGAAUGGAGUUGCACUUUAUUGUUCGGAAAGCUUUAACCGCCUUCAUGUCAUAAGCCUCAUAUACAAGCCCUUCAUGUUGUAUGUAUGGGACGAAUCGGAUUAUGCGCCACUCCUGGUCAGAAACAAGGCCGCAGAGCUCUUGUUUGGGAACAUCAAGGCUGAAAGAGUCUAUUCAUGCUAUAGGGGGAGAAAGCAUGCUGGAGAAGUUGAUUUGAAAGAGAUUCCCACACAUAAUUCAAAAAGCAUCGGGCAAACUAAAGCUGCUGCCGACAAAGGAGUUUUGGUUUCUUGUUCAUCAGAUGUACACAAGAAGAGCUUGGAAACAAAGGGAAAACACUGUUUUCAGGAAAAUAUGGACUUCUAUGGGAUUUGGUUGAUUCUUCUGAAAACACUACUGCAGCAAGGAAAGAACAGCCCUUUCAGAUUUGAAGUCAAUGUAAAUGCUGGUUUGGAUAAGGAAAAUGGGAGGUUUGAAAUGGUUUCUGUGCAGAUGCGAUGCUUCAGAACCAAAUGAUCUUCUGAUAAUAUUUAAUGUUCAUGUUGUAACAAUUAAGGUUCAUAAGUCAAAUUUUCAGUGCAACUUCAAUGCAAUUUUCACAAGGAAGUUUCAUC